AUGACCUCUCUAAUCACCAUCCCGGGCUGUGUUGCCCUCCAUCUCCCCGCCCGCGGCGUGGCCGCUGUGCCCAUGGCCAGCGGCGAUCUUCACCUGACCCUCCUCCCCGCCGACUCUCAGACGCGCAAGGAGGAGAUCCUCACACUCAGUGUCGGGUCGUCUGCCUUUGUCGUGGCCAAGAACAGUCCUGUCCAGCGUAUUCAAAGCAAGAACGAGCACCCAAGCUUUGUGUUCACCCCCGCGCCGCCCGAGGGUGGUCAGAGCAUCGGCCAGGUGCGCAUUGACAUGUCCGACUCGACGUCGCCCGAGGCGUGGGAGCGAGUUGAAGAGGGAUGCCGUGCACUCGAGGCCGAGCUCAAGGCCCACAACGCGUGGGAGGACAAGGAGCUUUUCGUUGACGACGAGUACGAGACGGACGGGCCUGUGACCGGUCCCAAGGCCGGCUGGGGCGAGACGAUUGCCAGCAGCGUUAUGGGAGGCGCGUCGUGGCUCGUUGGCCGCCUCACUGGCGCGGCUGCUCCUGAGGAGACGCUUCCCACUUCUGCGCCACAGGCGCCCGGCGCGCACGCUCAUGCUCCUGUCCAGCCCCACCAUGUAGAGGAGCAGCCCGCCGACUUCAAGACGAUUGCCGCCGACUCGUGGACUCAGGCCGGUAUCGCGGCGCGCGGCAUAGGCGAGGCUGCCGUCCAGGUCGGCGGCGCGAUUGGCCAGCAGGCGCGCACCGCUGUCGGUGGCAUGCGUGAGCAGCCUGCGGGCUCCGAGAACGUGGGCGCAUCGCACGUGACCUCCCCAACGAACUCGACUGCCGCUGCCGUCCUCAACGCGCCCUCGGCGCCCACUGGCCCUAUCGGGGAGGAGGAUAUUGCGGCGUCCAAGGCCGAGAAGAAGGAGGACAAGAAGGUGCCCGUGCCGGCGUAG